GUUCACACAGGUUUUUCAUGAGGCCGCUUUCACCGGAGAGAGCCGCCAACAUACGUUUACCACCAUGACCUUAGACAGAGAGCAGCACAAAGGGUCUGAGCUGCAGCUGCCCGGACGUCUGCAUAAAUGUGCGCGUUAGAAACGAGCUGAUGAUGCAGGGGGCCAUUGCGCGGGUGUGUAUGGUGGUGGCCGCUGCCAUUUUAAACCACCCCUUGCUCCUUCCUCAAGAGAACGCCACGCUCCCGGACCAGGACGAGGAGCUGAUGGCUCGGAUGCGAAUGCACGAGGAGAGGCUGGAGAUGGAGCGGGCGAGGCUGGAGAAAGAGCUCUCACAGCUGGACUCGGAGCAGGAAGAAACCAGCUCGGAGGAAGAUUACAUUUGGUGCUUUUGGAGCGCUGUGUCUUUCGUUGUGUUCUUUGCUGUCGAGGUGGGCAGGGUGCAGGUUGGCGCCGACGCAGCAAAUCGGCCAGUUGAGGAUGAAGACGUGCUUUCUGAGGGGGGAUCCGUCACCCCGAGGACGGUGGCGCUGGAUAAGGAGAUCCUGAGCAACUUCUGCGACAAAUGCACCUACACUUCAGCCCACGAAAACUGGCGGGUGAGGGAGUUCGUCGAGGGUUUUGCGUACGACUUGCUGGAUUCGCUCAGGAGCGUGUGUGACAGGCAGGCGGACAUGGAAGUCUGGGACUUCGUCGGGAUCGGAAGCAUGUUCGAGUCGUGGAAGGCGUGCAAGCCGCUGACGUGCGACCUCAUAGUGCCUUUCUCGCCUCCAGAUCCGUACUCCUUCCAGUUCCAGCUGUGGUGCAGCCCCUCCAGUGACGUGCCUCCAGACAUGCAGGGCUGCGGCAGGAUAAAGGUGAGCAGGUUUGGGGAGAACCAGGAGGGCUGCGUCUGCGGCUCCGCUAACCUGGGAGAGGACAUGCUUUGUCUGUUGCACGGCGAGGAUGACGCAGUCCAGGUGGACCGCAGUCCCGAUGAACUGCUGUGCUCCAGGAACACGCGCUUCUUAGCCAAAGAUCAGGUCACGAAGUGGUUUCAGGUCUCGCUCACCAAAGCGUGGGGACGCAUCUCUUACAAAUACGACUUUGAGCUCACUUUUCCCAACCUGGACGCCGCCGGUGCUCUGAAGAUCCAAUUCCCUUCUGGGAAAGUGAUGGUGAUGAACAUCAUACCGGUGGUUCAGCUGGAGGACACAGACGCUUACUUUGUCUCGCACUUCCCGUCUGAUUGCGACGGCUCUCCGGACCCGUGCUGGCCCCUCUCUUUUGCCGUCUACGAGCGGAAUUUGCUGAAGCAUUUCUCUAAACGCCUACCGCAGAAUUCCUGUCAUUUACACUGCCUUCAGAUUGUUACUUUCCUACACAGGAAGCAGACGGCGCUCACGGGGAAAAGUUUCCUCACUAGCUACCAUUUAAAGACCGCUCUGUUGCACCUGCUGCUGACUCAAAGGCCCUCCUCCGUGUGGAGCGUCGAGAGUACGGAGCACAGGCUCCGGGAUGUGCUCGGCUUCUUGCAGAGGAGCCUGCACGAGAAGAGACUUCAUCACGUUCUGAUCGGGAACAGUAAAGUGCCGGAGGAAGUCCAGGUUCCCGAGAUGUUUCGCAAAGCCGAGCCUGUCAAUCUGUUCCGGUCCCUGGUGCUGCGGAGGGAGCUUCAUGCAGCGACAGUCAGGCAUUUCCACGAGAUGUUGAGAAAUGCGCCUGUGCUCAUACAAGAGUACACGCACCACACUUACGCCACAGACUAGAUGAAAGUCUGUGAGCUAUGGCUUAUUUUAGUUACAGCUGAUAUCUUGACACAAAGUAUUUUUUUUUUUUUUAGCUGCAGCUGCUUUCUUCACACCUGACAAGGUAACCAGUGUGACUAAAUGACUCCAAUUCAACAACUGUAGGAGAGAUUUUACAGUAGAUAUCGGUCAGCCUUUAAGAGAAGCAGCAGCAAUCUAAUUAAAAGAUCAUUUUAGAAAUGCAUUUGGGAAAACAUUUGAACAGAAAUACCUCUCAUAAUACGCCAGUCUAAACAGUAUAGCAGUGCUUUGGUUUUCAUUCAUACUGUUGCAGAUCUGAUGGCAGCUAUUAAUAGUGCAAUGUUUUGUAUUGCUUAUCAAAAAGCUUUUUAUUUUGCCCGUUACAUUUCUGCUCUGUUGUCUUCACUUUAUUAAAUUAGACUGUCUGGUGGUGGGGGGGGGUCCUAAUGUAGUUAAUUUAUUAAAACAGACAGAAAAUUCAAGCCAGUCAUUACAUCCACCGUUUUUAUUAGAGAAAGCACUGGAUCAUUGAAAACACAUCGAGUCAAUUUACUUCACUGAACCUCAUUUCCAUUAUGAUUCCUAUUUUUUACCUCAAUAACAAAAUCAAUGGCCAAUAAAAACACACCCCUUCAAUGUCAACUCAUCAUAGUAUUUGCUAACACACGACCCCCAGAGUAACACAAUCAAAAGAUGGGUAUGAAUAAUAAACGGGACGGUUUUAAGCUUUUGGUCACUUCUUUUCUACAGGCCAUAGUUGUAGUCGGGUUUCCCCUCCCCGAAGCUCUUGUUGAAGGCCUUGUGGGUGUCCACACUGUGCAUUGUGGCUUUGACAGCCGGGUCCUCCAACAUUAGCUCGGUCCACUUCUUCAGCUCAGGUGUGCCGUCAAGGAAGCUGCAAAGACAACGGGAAUCAAAAUCAUUCACCUGAAUACAACACAUGAACAUGAGGCGCCCUCGUGAAAUAAUACGACAUAUCAGACGUGGUGACGGAAGAGGACUCGUUUCUGAUGACAUUCCCUGCUCCUUUCUUGCAUGUCUUACUUUUGUACUGUACCUCAUAUUUGUACUUUUACCUUGUGAGUGAAAUGCUUCCAUAAAUAUAUUUAUUUUUUGAAAUGUCUUGGGAGAGUAUUGCUUACGAUUUCAGCCCAAAGCUCUCCAGCCUCUCAAACCAUGGCCACAUCAUGUAGUCGAUCAUUGUGAUGGAGUCCUCACCGAAGAACUUGGUCUUCUUGUUAACCAGGUCCUGAGAAAUAAACAGAUGUUUAUCAGCCUUGUACGAAACACUGUAAACUAGUUGUGCCCACGCUUAGUCCUGGGAACAGGUUUAACUUCACAAUCUACCAAAUCACAUCAGGUGACCGUGGAAAGAAUCCAGAGCGCUCUACUUCGCAACCUACCUCAUUUAAUUUGGAAAACUUCUCUUUCAGUUCAGCUUCCGGUCCCGAGACAUCCUCGCCCUUAUUUUUCCCCAUUACAAUCUUGUAAAAGUAUGGUACAACCUGUAGUAAACAGUGGCAUUAAUAGGAUUAUUUGAUAGUAACAGUAGAAAGUAUACAAAACAAAACACCAGAUAUAAAGUCUUCAUAGAGUGCACCUUGGAAAAAUUCUCCAGCAUCAUCUUCUGUUUAGCUUUACCCAGAGCACAGGAAGGAAGCAGCUUAUUCUUCGGGUAAACUUCAUCCAGGAAUUCACAGGUGAUGGCAGACUCGCAUAUCACAUCACCAGCAGAGGUCUCCAGGGUUGGAGCAAGUCCAAGAGGAUUCUUCGCAAGGAACCACUCCGGCUUGUCCUUCAGGUUGAUAUUGAUAGUUUCAUGUCUGAAAGUUGUAUAAUCAAAAAGCACAGGUAUUUCAGGUUCUGAAAAGUAGUGAAGCUAUGGUUUUACAUACGAGUAUAAUUAUAAAAACGUGUCUUUACUCGAUCCCUUUGGCGUUCAGCACUAAUCUGGUCCUCUCGGCGUAGGGGCAGAAUCUCAUGCUGUAGAGUCUGAUGAGCUUGCUGGGGACAGGACCGGGUGCGGCACUCCCUGAAAGAAAAACAUGGCAAUUUCCAGACAUGACUCAGCACGAAUGUAGA